UUCACGUUCCGGAUAUCAACCCAUGCGGCCCUCAGACCACUUAUAGCAUAAAAGACAAGAUAGUGGAGUCAACGAUGGGACACGAAGACUCAGGAGUGAAGGAUAUGGUGUUUGGUAGUUUCGCAGGGAUGGUAGCUAAACUCUUUGAGCAUCCGUUCGAUCUUGUCAAAGUAAGAUUGCAAAGUCAACCGACGGACAGAGCAUUGACUUUUACCGGACCAUGGGAUUGUUUCAAGCAAACUUACCUUCAUGAAGGAUGGAAAGGUUUAUACCGAGGUCUUUCGGCUCCUCUCCUCGGUGCAGCAUGCGAGAACGCUUGUCUAUUUCUCGUAUAUGGUAAAACUCAGAAUAUCAUCCUUCAUUUUCGGCCCGGUGAAACGACCGACACGAGUUUGGAGAAAAGACAAUUGAGUCAAGCUGAGCUCGCUUUGGCAGCUGCAGCCGCAGGAGCAGUCACCAGUUUCGUCUUAACUCCCAUCGAACUCAUCAAAUGUCGAAUGCAAGUUCAAAUGUUAGCUCGUGAAGGAGCUUUCGGUCCUCUUUCCCACUCACAUGCCCAUACCACUUCUAUCCCAACUACUUCAAUACAUCCCCAAACACGAUCAAUAACUCAACUUGCCUCUUCAUCUUCACCUUCCACUUCAACUUUAACUUCCACACUUCAUCCUCCUCGUCCGGGUCUACCUCCUCUGGAAGGACCUUUUCAAUUGAUUCGUUCUACCAUUCGACAACACGGUCUUCGCGGUCUAUGGCUCGGUCAAAUCGGUACUCUCUUCCGUGAGACCGGCGGUUCAUCCGCUUGGUUUACAGCUUACAAUCUCUCAUCGGCAUAUUUCCUCGCUCAACGUCAAAAGAAAAUGGACUCUCUCCCCAAUGCCGGACGGGACGUUCCACGAUUGACUAAGGCGGAUUUAGCCACAUGGGAACUCAUGUUCUCCGGUGCUUUGGCAGGGAUGUCAUACAACAUCGUUUUGUUCCCCGCGGACAGUGUGAAGAGUGCCAUGCAGACUCGAGCGGAACUCAAUCCCAAUCUACCCAGAGAGGGGUUCUGGACUACGGCGGGAAGAAUAUGGAGCAAAAGAGGGCUGAGAGGGAUGUAUGCAGGGUGUGGGUUGACGGUAGCUAGGGCUGCUCCCAGUAGUGCGCUCAUAUUUCUGAUCUAUGAGAGUCUGAGUAGUAGGAUGGGAUGGAUCUUUGACAGGUGACGAACGUGGUGGAUGAACCCGAGGUUGUAUAUAAAGAGAUUAGACCAAUAGAUCCCAAAGACAAUCAAGCACUUUACUUGUGGAAUAAUGAAUGUCACGAUCAUGCACAAAA